AGAAUAUUUAAUUCAAGUCUGAAAUUCAAUUAAUAUGGACACACUCAGAGCAAUUUCCUCGCUUAUUUUGUUAAUAAUUUCAAUAAUUAAUUUCACAAAUGCCGUGCCGCAAUGGUAUAAUGGAACCGACGGCAGACGAUAUUUGGUUGAAGGAGAACAGAAGUACAACUGGUUCCAAGCAUUUCAUGAGUGUGCCCGUCGCAAUUUGCAGUUGGUGGAAAUCGAGUCCCGGCAAAAGAAUGAGAUUUUGAUUGCCAUACUGAAACCACUUUUUGGCAACUCCCAUAACCUUUGGAUAGGUGCCAUCGAUGAAUAUAAUGGCCAAAAGAAUUACAAUCGCCCCUUCUACUGGCACUCGUCUGGCAAACGGAUGACCUUCUCCUAUUGGUCCGACAGCAAUCCGGACAAUGACCGCAAUGAUGAACAUUGUGUUCACAUGUGGGCCAGUAAGCCCAAUUACAAAUGGAAUGAUCAUCAUUGUGAUUGGCCGCGUUUGGGUUUUAUUUGUGAGGAUCAUUAUCUCCAAGCUGAAUGCAGAAAAGUUUCAGAGAAAAAAAUCACACAGAUUACAAAUGUGGCUGAGACAGUUGUGGGGGAAUAUUAUGAACAACAAGAGGCCCAAAUAGAUAGUCUGAAAAAGGCACUGGACAAAAUUGAAACGGAGGAGUUGCAUUUUAAGGAACAGCUCAAUGAGCUAUUGACGCAAAUAGAAGCUGAAACGAAUACAUUACUGGUCAAGUAUAGAAUGGAAAUGAACUCAAUGGUGGAUGAGAGAAAUCGGGUGUUACAUAAUACAAAUUUGGGGUUACGCAGUGCCAUAGAAGUUUUGACCAAGAAAUUUAGUAAAAAAUUGGAAACGACUAAAACCGAUUACAGGAAUAUUUUACAAGAAUGAGUACAGCAUUUAAAUAAGAGAUUUUCCAAUAAGAGUUGUGAUUUUUAAUAUUUAAAAUGAAAUAAAUAAUUUAACCUAAGAAACCGAAUCUCCUUUAGGGGUUUGACCCACAAA